GAUAAUGGUCACCAAGGAGACGUCGUAUUAUAAAUAGUCAUAUCUCCAGACAUUACGCAGAUAAGUCGUCCUGGUGUUUGAUAGUGUGCGACAUGAAUCCAUCGGCGUUCUUGGUGGCGGUGGUAUUUCUUUGGUGUUCCUUCGUUGUGCGAUGUAAUGUGCCGAGUCCAUGUGAUGCAACGGUAAUGUGUGCAAAUAAUAUGACAGUUUGUGAAAAUGGUUCCUGUCAAAUACAGGCCGGUCAAGUAUGCACAAUUGAAACUACAACAACCGUCGUAACAACUGCCCAAACCAUCACAACCACUGGAUCAACCCAGGCGAGUACCACUUCCCAAACACCGAGUGCUACUGCGGCAUCAACAAAUUCCUCGGCACCAACAACUACCUCGGCCCCAACAACUACUACGGCAACAACAACUACCGCGGCAACAAUAACUGCUGGAAAACGAAGAAAACGCAACACAGUCCUACAGGAGUGUGUUUCAAACGCAAGUUGUGUAUCAGGCCAACAAACCAACAAAACACUAGUAUGCGCGUGUAAUGAUGGCUAUACUGCAGAUAAUGGAAAGUGCAACAAAGAUUCUGGCAAUGGCGCAGGACCUUUGAGAGUGACGGAAUUUUUCACUGUAUUAAUGACGACAGUGCUGCUGUUACUCAUCUAGCGAGCGCUUUAGUGCUGCAGUAGUCCAUUGACUUUUCGGUACAACUGGCUACAGUUUGUAAAUAACGC